UCGUCGAUCUUAUUUACUACAAGCUGAUGGUUUUGUGUCUCCUCUCCCUAUUUACGCGGUCUUAUCCAGUUCCCGAUCCUCCUCUGAUCCUUCUCUUCUCCGUCACGCCAUGCGUGUCGAUGAACUAUUAUUCCUCGCCGUCGUCGCGCUCCCGCUGGCUGCCGCCCAGUGGGAGAUCUGUGGCAGCAAAGGCAACUACUCGGCGAGCAGCACGUACCGGUCCAAUCUGAGGCAGAUCUCCACAGACAUCACCAAGAAUGCUUCAUCUUCCCCGUCCCUCUUCGCCGCCGGCACGGUCGGCGCCGUCCCAGACAUGGUGUACGCCCUCGCUCUCUGCGUCAGCGACAGCAACUCCUCUGCCUGUGAAGCCUGCGUCGCCACCGCCUUCCAGGACGCGCAGCAGCUGUGCGCCUACGACAAGGAGGUGUCCAUCGCCUACAACCUCUGCUACCUCCGCUUCUCCGACGCCAACUUCCUCUCCUCCACGGACAACUCCGGCUUGAUCGAUCUCUACAACGAGGGAAACAUCACCGGCGACGUCGGCCGCUACAACCGUGCGAUCACCAGGCUGAUCAACGCCACCGCGGUGGAAGCAGAGGUGUCGCCGCGGCUGUUCGCGAGGGGAGAGGUGCCGUUCGACGACCCCCAGUACCCCAAGAUCUACUCGAUGGCGCAGUGCUCGCCGGACCUAACUCGGGCACAGUGCGGGCGGUGCCUCGACAACCUGAUAGGACGGUGGUGGCAGACGUUCCAGGCGAACACGGUGGGCACGAGGAGCAUCGGCACACGGUGCAACAUGAGGGCCGAGCUGUACUCGUUUGCGUCUGGGAUGGUGCUUCUGCCGCCCGACGCAGCCGGGCCAGCUCCGCCGCCGGUGCUCGCUCCACCGCCGGAGGACCCGAAUUCUACAACAGGUAAAAAUAAGCCGACAACCAAAAUUCUGGUCAUUAUUUUGCCAGUAGUGGUCAUUGCUUCCGUUGCUGCAAUUUCCCUCCGUGCGUGGAAUAUGCGCAAGAAACGAAGAUGGAGAAGAGCAGAUAAUUUCUCCGGACUUAAUACGGCUGAGGACUUUGAAACCAUCAGGUCAAACUUGCUAUCUCUGUCAUCACUACAAGAGGCAACGGAUAACUUUGACGAAAACAAAAUACUUGGUGAGGGAGGAUUCGGUGCAGUUUAUAAGGGACUUCUUUCUGGACAAGAAGUGGCGGUGAAGAGGCUGUCAAAGGGUUCAAACCAGGGGCUAGAAGAGCUGAAAAACGAGCUAAUUCUGGUGGCCAAACUACAUCAUAAGAACCUUGUUCGUCUUGUGGGGUUUUGCCUAGAAGAGGGAGAGAGGAUGCUUGUCUAUGAAUACAUGCCCAAUAGAAGUCUCGACACCUUUCUUUUUGAUGCGGAGAAGAGGAGACAGUUAGACUGGGCAACAAGAUUUAGAAUUAUAGAAGGUGUCGCACGGGGACUACAAUAUCUUCACCAAGACUCCCGAAAGAAGAUCAUUCACCGUGACAUGAAGGCGAGCAAUGUCUUGCUAGACGCAGACAUGAACCCUAAGAUAGGGGACUUUGGCCUCGCUAGGCUCUUUGGGCAGGACCAGACUCGAGAUGUUACCAACCGUAUUGUCGGGACAUUUGGUUACAUGUCUCCUGAAUACGUCAUGCGAGGGCAGUACUCUAUGAAAUCGGACGUGUUCAGCUUCGGCAUCCUCAUCAUAGAGAUCGUGACAGGCCAGAGAAACAACAGGCCACACUUCUUUGAACAAAAUGAAGAUGUAGUCAGCACAGUUUGGAAGCGCUGGUCAGAGGGAACAGUUGCGAAGAUGAUCGACCAUUCCUUGGGUAAAAACUACCCCGAAGCCGAGGUGCUAAAAUGCAUCAACAUUGGACUCCUAUGCCUUCAGGAGAACCCUAUAGAUCGACCUACAAUGGCGGAUAUCAUGGUUUUGCUUAACAGCAACGCUAGCAGCUCUCUACCGGCUCCUGCAGCUAGGCCAACAUUUUUCUUGGUGGAUGGGAGCUCUCGCUACUCCCAAACCAUAACACAGUUAUCUGCCAGGUAGGGGCUAAUUGCUAAAGCAUAUCUAGCGGGCAUCGCUGGUUAAUUGUCGCCUAUCGUUUCGUAUUGGAAUUGCAUAUAGUAUUAUCAACUUUGUAAUCCGGAUAGCAAGUUCAGUUUUCGAGUGGGGUAAAUUUGGUUGAGCCGAGGUGCAGCCCACUUCCUCUGCAAUGCAGACUUGGAUGGCUGAUGCGUGUCUCAGGGUGAGAAUGGUUAGAUUCAAUCCGUUUAUCCGUUCGAAUCUAUCCAUAAUAUUAUCCAAUGGAAUUGAAAUGGUGCCCCUAAAUUUUAAUGGACCAAAUGGUU